AUGUCUGACGCCGACGACCAUGCCCAGGCACCCUCGAACUUCAAGCUCGCCUCCCAGCGAUUCCUGGCAAAGCUCAAAAAGAUGCCCUCGAGCCAGGCAAUGUCCCGCUCCAAAAGCCAAGCGCCUUUCACUUCGACGUCGUCCUCCAACCUCAAGUACCACUCCAGUCAGUCUGGCUCGGUGCAGCCCACGUACUAUUGGAACUCGGACCCACAGCACGCCAACCACGACAAGUUUCCAGAGCCCUCGCCCCCUCCCCAUUCGUCGUCCUCUGGGUCGUCGUCGUCCUCGACGCUGGCCUCGACUCUGACCUCGCCCAGGAUCCACUCGGAGCCACACGAAGCACUCAGUCUGUCGUCCUCCGACACGCGGGCGCCCUCGGGUCCGUCUGGAUCCUCGACAACAUCGCACAAUCUGCGCCGCAAGAUGUCCAAGGUUGCCCUCAUCAGCUCGCUUCGGUCCAACCCCGAUCCACCCCCGGCCGAGGCACGCUACGGCGAUUCGAUCAUGCAGAGCAAGCGCUCCAGCACCAGCAGCAUCUCGGAUCACUCUAAUCUGUCGUCGCCCACAACCAACGGUUCGGGUGGCUCGCCCUCCGAGGGAGGCCCUCCCAAGUGGAAAUCGCUCUUCAAGUCCGUCAGCCGACCCGAGCUCAAGCCCUUUGUGACCAAGAAGCGCUCCAUGAACAACCUGUCGCAGGUCAAGUCCUCCGAUUCGCUCAGGGAAAAGUUCCUCGCCGAUCAGCAGUCCACAAAGCACGUCCGCUUUCCCAAGGAGAACCGUGAGGGCGGCGGGCUGCUGUUUGCCAUUCGCCCCUCCAACAAUGACCUCUCCAUGUCCCGUUCGAAAUCUCAACCCCAGCUGAAGGAAACCGACCCAAUGGAGGCCCAGCUGGCAUACAGCCCGGCUGUGCCCUUGGUGCUGCCGACCCGAACGACGUCGAACUUUGUGCGCUUCCAGUCGGGCCAGAGCUAUAUGCCGCCGCAGCAGGAACUACCUCCGCUUCCUUCGACCCUGCUCGACGGCAAGGCUCCACCUCCGCUUCCCAGCGAGCCGAUUCCGUCGCUCCAGUUUAUCUCGUCCUCGGAGCAGGCGCGCUUGACCCCCAAAGCGCAGGUACUAUCGCCACCCCAGCAAGUACUCUCGCCACCCAAGCAGGUGCUAUCGCCUCCACAGCAAGUGCUGUCGCCUCCCAAGCAGACGCUUCCGCCUCCUCCCCUUCCUCCCCUGCAAACAGCCUCGCCUCCCCAGCCACUUCGUCCGCUCCCUCACCACCUUCGUCACCAAAUGCCCCCUGACGCGGUCGCUGCUCCUCAGCAGCUCUUCAUCCCGGCACCGCAAGCACGAAAGCCCUCGGCCCGUCCGACAUCGCUGAUGUUCGAGCCUGAUCUGACUCCUUCGGGCACGUCGUCCUCACCCUUGCCGGCAUCGCUUUCCUCCGCAUACGUGGCUACUGCGCUAGCGGCAUCCUCGGUCUCUCCCACUGCUGGUGCCGAAGGCACUGCGCCUAAUACCCAGUCACUUCGAAAGGUGCGCUCCCGUCGAUCCUAUAUCCUCGCUGCUCGAGACCCCUUUGAGCUGACGCCCGAGCUGAUUGCGCGGGCCAGUGCCAGCUGGGCACCAAAGUGCGGCUACACGAACUGGCCGCUCCUCAUCCCGCUGCUCAAGGCCGACGGCCGGACCCCGUUCGAGUCCGAGCUGUACUGGAAGAUUCUGUUUCGCAAGCUCCCCGUCAAUAGCGUCCUGCGUAACCCUGUAACGGUGACAUGCCCGCACUGCGCCGAAACCGAGACGCUGGAGCACUUUAUCAUCGAGUGCCCGAACUCGCGCCAGUUCUGGCGCCAAGUCGGCGCGGUGCUCUCCCAGGCAGUGCGCAUGGACCUGACCGAUCUCGCGCUGCGGGAUAUUGUCUUUAUGUUCCCAGAUCUUCCCUCGAACCCGACCGAGGCCCAGUUCCAUGUUCUUACGGUUUGCCACUCGGUGGCGGUAUGGUCGCUCUGGAGCGCCCGCGACUAUGCCGCCAGUGCCUCCAACGAUGCCUGGGUGUUCUUCGAGACCCGGCUCAAGGCUCGCAUCGCACUCGAACGGGACUCGGGCAUAGGGUCGCGAAGAUUCCUCGAGCGCUGGGGCAGCAUCCCAACCUUUUCGCUCGAAAAUUGGCCGACGGUCACCAGCCCCCUGGACGAGCGAUCAAGUCCAUAG